UAUUUCAUCACUUAUUGAUUGAUUUUAUAGAAAUUCAAAACAAAACAAAGAUUCCAAUUCUUGUCUGAUAGUGAUAUAUGGCACUUGCUUCACUUUUUUUAUAUUGUCCGUUUAUCUCAACAAGGCUUCUUUCAUAUUGUAUCAGCAAAAUUUCCCUACAUCGAGCCUCAAGCAAUUACCUAUUUAGCAGAUCAGCUUAUUAGCGAUUCACUGUAUGCGCGACAAAGUGUCCAUAUUCAGACACGUGUAGAACAUAAAGACCGUACUAGAAUCAUUAUCAAAAAGCUGCGUGAUCGCUUAGAAGAGCCAGUUGGAGAAGGGUUCAAAACAACCUACAAGCAAAUUAUGGAAGUGGUAGAACAAUUAACGGAUAUGGCGUUUAACGAAGAAGAAGAUCGUCGCAAGACAGAGCACAACAGUAAUGACGAGAAUAAUACAGAUGACAGCCAUUUCAAUACAUCUAAUAUCAAUGCAGACUCUACCUCUGUUACACAACCAGCGACUCAAGUUUGGGUAUUGAUGCCUUACACAAAUAUGACAGAUGGAAAUAGUGUUGCUUUACCUGGAAUGAAACCCUCUACGCUACCUUUCCCAACUGAAUUAUUACAGCAAAUGCCGUUCAGAAACUUACCUCAGUUGUAUCCAUUUAAGGCCGUACCACUUCCUUCACAACAGGAACCAUCUAAUUCCACCCCCACAACUGCAAAUUCAACAACUGCUGAGCCAAGCCAACAAACACAAGAAGAAACUGUAUCCUCAAUUGAGCGUGAUGAAAUUGAAGUCAAUAAUAACAAGAUAAGCAGUAGUGUUAGUGUCAUCUCGAACGGUACCUCUUCCGAAAAACCACACACCGCUGAACAGAAACACCAGCAUGAACUGCAAAGCCAUUUAUCUCCAUCUGCAUCAUUUACAAGCAGCAUGUAUAAUAAAGCAGCAUUACCUAGUGUUGCUGGUAAUCCCGCUACCAACACAAUCGAAAACACAGCGUUUGAAUACUCACGACCUGAAGAAUUCGAGGACAUUGAUGCGGAUGAUAGCCAAUACGACGAUGACCAGUUUGCAGAUCCGGAUGACGAGGAACAAUUUGCAGACCCGGAUGACGAUAACAAGCAAGCUGCAAUCGAUAAUAAUAGUAACUGGGAUCAGGACGCAAAGAGUGACAACAUCAAUAAUUGGGAAACUGAGUCGAAGAGCAGUAACGUUAGUAAUUGGGAACAGAAAUCAAAAGGUUAUUAUAGGAAUUGGAAGCAAGAUGUUAAAGCUAAUGCAACAACACGCAGUUAUAUAGAAGGUAAUUAAAAUUUGAACCUUAAUUUUUUUCAUCAUUGGUCUAAUACUUUCAAAUGGAUUGUUAUAGGCAAUCGAAACAGACGUGCUAGUAAUAAUAAUGAUCGUCGCGGUGAGGGUAAAUUGAACCAAUGGAAGAAUUUUGCUGCCAAUCAUGGGCAGUGAAUAAAUCUUUGAAAUAUGGUUGGCUAAGCGGCCUGGUUUUACAGAUGUAUACAUAUAUUUAUCAAUGAUUUACGUAGAUUAUAUAUACAGUUUAUAUAUCGCGCAUUACGUUCCAAUAGUAAUAGUGAUAAUAUUAUACAGUAGUAUGAAGUGAAAAGCGUUGACUAAUUAUC